CCCACUGAGAGCUACUGAAAACUUGAAAAGCCGAAAAAGCCCGCCCUUCUUCUCUGCUUCUCAAACUCUUCUCUCCCGUUUUUCUCUCCGGCCACUUCAGAGCAUUUCGGUUUCUGAUCUGUAAUUAUCGAACUUUCAUCUCUGAUCUUUCAUUUUUAAUAAUUCUUUUGAGUUCUAACUCAUUCAAUCAUGGAAACCGACGACGCCCAACGCGUGCUUCCGUUUCAGCUCCAGUUCGACAAACCGCUCGCUUCUCAGAUUAAGCUAGCGGAAUGGAAUCCGGAGAAGGAUUUAUUGGCUAUGGUAACAGAGGACUCCAAGCUUUUGCUGCAUCGUUUCAAUUGGCAGAGAUUGUGGACAAUCUCGCCUGGAAGGUCCAUAACUUCUUUAUGUUGGCAACCUGAUGGUAAAGCAAUAGCCGUUGGGCUUGAAGAUGGGGCCGUUUCAUUGCAUGAUGUUGAAAAUGGAAAACUACUAAGAAGCUUAAAAUCCCAUGCUGUUGCUGUUGUGUGUCUAAACUGGGAGGAAGAUGCACAGCAGAUUAAAGGUGAUUCUGGGAGCAUGACAACAUAUGAAGAUCGUACAUCUCGCUUCUUACCACCUGCUCCAAGAGUUCCUAGGAUACAAGGUUUGGUUUCUGGAGAUGCCGGCUUCAUGGAUGAUAGUGAAGAUUCAUUUCAAGAGCUGUCAAGUUCUUCUCAGCAACGCUUUAAUAUUCUUUGCAGUGGAGACAGAGAUGGAAUCAUCUGCUUAAGUAUAUUUGGAAUUUUUCCAAUAGGGAAAAUUAACAUACACACAUGCCAUGUUCCCUCUUCACACAUUGAUCAACAAGUGAAGUGCCAACUUUUGAAUGCUUCCAUUUACAAGGUUGCUUUGUCAAAAGAUCUUUGUCGUUUGAUAGUUAUGUGUUCCGGAGAAUUAGUUAAAAACGAGGAAGAAUCAGAAAAUUGGCAAAUGGCUGGACAUGGUAUGCAUGGAUCGCAUUGCUUGGUGCUUGAUACUUCAAUAUUUUGGAAUAGGAAAAAUGAGCUCCAUCAAGUGGCUCAACAGGCUUCUAACAUUGAAGAACUUACCGAGGUUAUCCGGGCAUCACUAUCAAUUAUGUCCAAGCAGUGGUCUGAUGCCAUGAACACUUUUCACGAAAAGUUCGAUUCUCUGUCGAAUCUGAUCAUCGAUCAUGGUAACCUCACGAAUCAAGAUAAUUCUACAGACACUUUCUUGACGUUAUUUCAAUUUUUUUUUUUUAUCCUUUUUUGUGAAUUGAUCUCAUCUUUCUAUGUAGGACUUGACUCCUCUUCCCAAGAGGAGUUCUUAAGUCUUUUAGGUGGUUCUCGGACUAGUCCACCAGUUCAUCAAUUUCUUGUUAAUUCUCUCGGUGAAGUGGGAGUGAAGCGUGUGUCAAAGGUUGUUUGUGGUGCUGGAAAAGAACUUCAGCUUAUCUUCCUAAACCAUCUCCAGCCUGCUGCAGAAAUUAUUGGAUUCAGGAUGGGAGAACUAAGAGGUCUUUCAAGAUGGCGUGCACGUUAUCAGAGCAUUGGUUUAGAUGAGACACUCAUCAGUAAUGCGGCCGAAAAAGUUGGGAUGAUAAUUGUGCAAGUUGAAUGGUUUAUGACGUUGCUUUCAUCUGUGGUGCUGCAGUUCUCCAACUUCUUCAACUGGCUUUUAAAAUGUAUAAGGCUACUUAUGUCAGAACCUAGCGAUCAACUUCUUCCAUACAAUAGUGAGCUUGUUGUUAUAUUCUUGAAGUUUCUAUACGAUCAAGAUCCUGUUAGGCAACUGCUGGAAUCAUCUGAUGCUGACCAUAUUAUUGAAAUUGAUGUGGAAACAAUGCAGAGAGUAAAAGAACUAGUUCAGUUUGGGGGAUUUUCAGAUUGCGGAUAUCUGCAAAGGACAUUAGCUAAACAAUUCCAUCAGAUGGAGUCUAGUUUUAAGGAGGCUUUUCUGAUGCCCUUUACUUCGAUUUCAAAAAAGAUCGUUUGCAUGGAUUUGUUGCCCCUUUUUCCUCUUCCAGCUUCACCAGUAUCUCUUGCAGUUCCAAUGUCAGUAUCAUACUAUGAGGAUGCUUCUCAAGCAGCUGUCUCUUAUCAGCAGAGUUGUCAAGGCAGAUUUGUAGAUUACGUAUCUUUUCAAGUACCAGAUGAUUCUUUCUCAAAUAUUUCAAAUUGCGUGGCUAUAAUCAGGGGUUUUACACAUGACUCGAUCGCAAUAAAGAAUGGCUAUACUUCGUUGGAAGCUUUAUUGUUGUGUCUCCCUGAUGGUUAUCACUGUGUGGAUCUAUCCUUAUAUAAGGAAAGUCAAAUUGUUUUGCUAUUGAAUGAAACAACAACCACUUCGGAAAGCUCUGGGGACGCCUGUAUGAUGAUUGUGCAAGCAACUGACCUUCCAUUUGUGUCUAUCUCAAGAUCCACUUGUAUGGACAGUUGGAAGUUGCAUGAACUGAAGGAAUGCAUUAUUCACCUGCAACUGGAGAAUGAAAAGGUUCGGAGUAUUCCUCAUUUUGUAGUAGCUCCCCUGGCGGUUAGCUCAUCACGAGGUGUCGCUUGUAUUUUUGCUGCAAGAAAACGUGCGUUGGUCUACAUUCUGGAGGAAGAUGAAGACGAAGUCUCAGAAGCAGAAUGACUGGCCAUUAUGUUGAAAGCUGUAACAUAUUUAUUUAUCCUUCUUUUUCAAUCGUAAGAACAAAUACGUCGUAUGGUUAUGUUUUUGUUUUAGUAUAGGUUUCUCCACGUGUAUCACAAGUCAUAACGACAUGCUUAUUGAUUACAAGCUAUUCAGUUGUAAAUUAUUCGAAACAAGAAAUGUCAAAAAAAAAAAAAAAAAAAAAA